AUGUUGUAUCGAGUGCUGUUUCGUUUAUUGCUGAAUAAAUCUGUAAACACAUGAGAAUGCAAAUAUUAAUUCUUUUUUUUUGUCUUGGGUAGACUUUUUAAUUUGUGGUUGUUUGUUCUCCGUGAUUGAUAUGAAUCAGCGAAAUUUUAGGAAAAACAUACUAAACUCCAUUUGUGAGCAGUAAUCCAUAUUUCUUACUUACUUUUGUUCUGGUGAUUCGUACUAUGAGUAGUCAACAAUGUUACUAUCCACGUCUUUACCAGGAAAGAAAAUCUUGUCGCAAAAAUGUUCACGAUCUAAUACAGUAGCGAUUCUGAGCUCACAAAUUGAGAAUAUUUUCAAAAGAUCGGUAGUCAAACAAGACAAAUCUAAUAUUAUUUGUUAUGCGGCGAAUAUAUUUCUGUUAGUUUUUUUACGCUUUAAAUAAGAGAGGACAAGUAGACAUCUCAUUCAAGAUCGAGAAAUUGUUUACUUUCGAAUGACCGAUUCAUCAAUGGGAAACGACAGCGGUGUGGGGAGCAUACUUGUUGGAUUUGGAUUGAACAUCCCUGAACUGUUAUUCUUAUUUUAUGGUUGUUUCCUGUUGUUGCUGAAAUUUAGCGUUCUUAUUUAACCAAACUCGGUUACAAACAAUGGCAUUUCGUAAUGGCCAUUUGUACGAAUUUGCCUUCAUAGAAAAAGGUCAUCGUCACUCGCAUUCAUUUGUCGGUCAUAUUUUGAUGAAGUAUCAACUAGAGGAACUCAUCGUGGGGCCAACUGCUGUUCGAAAGGGAUAAAACGGUCUGUGGCGUCCGCUGAAAUUGAAACCAAGUAGAAUAUUUAUCUUUCGUACUCGCUCUCCGCUGCGGCUUGAAAUUGGCUCUCCACACUCAGCUAGCACCAAUGUCGUCAGACGAAAACGUUUUCCCGUUUAUGAAAAUUUUAAUCUUCGGGCAGUAAUUUUAGUCUGUCGGGUUAGCUUGUCCCAUCCGAAUCACCCAUCUAGCGAGAGCGAACAUUUUCCUUUCAGUUUCAUUCCUUCACUCCUGUUCUCCGGUCAUUUCCAUAAUCAUUUGCAUUUAAUUCGCUCAUUAGCUCUUUUUGUGAAGAAAAGUUAUUAGUGACGAAUUUCGACGUCAAAUUAUGGCAACCUAAUUAUAGAAUACGAAAAUCCAAUCAUUCGCUUACGUGAUGAGACAAAAAAAUAAAUAAACGAAGAAGUGACUAUGGGAAGUGACAUGAAAGAAUGUGAUCGAUUAGUAUAUUAAGAAGUUCAUUUUGUCACACUUCAAACGAGAACCGGAUCAUGCAUCAAUUGCUGGUGAAACGGAGAAAAUAGGCUGUACCGAAACAGUGAAGUGUGAAGAAAAGGUUAUUGAAUGUGCAAAAAACAAGCGGCAAUAACCCAGUCAUUUCGGUCAGUGGUGCGGGAAAAGAAAAUAGAGAAAUAAGUGAAAAUCGUCGAAACACUGCGGUCGGUGCAUCUCUUCGGUGAGGUGAGAAGCAAAACUAGAGGUGAAAACCAAAAGUAUUUUUUUUUGUGUUGUUCACGAGUGCCGUGUUCUCUUAACUUGCGGAAGGCAGUGAAGGAACUGGAGAAAAUUCGAACCUAAAAGGCCAGCAUAACCGCCAAAAUGGCAACGACCAGCAGUCGGAAUGAGUCAAGCGGGGGUUUUCUAGGGCCCCGCAAGACGAUGAUCAUUAUGGUGACGGUGGUAGGCUGCGUAGCGAUCCUGUGGCCUAAAGUGUUCUACCCAAUGAUGGCUGGCCCUGGACAGACCAAGAGCGUCAUCAAAGAUCAUCGCGGACCAGGUGAGGGUUGUUGCGAUGUUGUGUUGGAUCAGGAAACUUUCGCCAACGCAUCGAUAAAUCUCUCCAAGCAACAGAAUUUGUUUCGUAAGCGGAACACAGGACCGGCGACUGAAGACUGCAGUAUUCGACAAGAGCGACCACCACACUUACGACCAGAAACCGUACAUCCUGCGAUGCGAGAACGUGGCAGGGCAAUUCCUAAUGCUGGAUCGGUUCACAGCGAGCGGCCGCAAUCGGCGCCAAGGAUUGUUGAGGGCAGGCCCGGUCCCAUACCUGGUAUGCGCCCGCCUAUGGGAGCUGGAUCACAUCAGUCUACAAAAUCAGCCAAUUCAAUGGGGUUCAUAAUGCCACUGUAUACCAUCGGUAUUGUCUCAUUCUUCAUCUACACAAUACUGAAACUUAUUUUCAAGAAAACGCCAACCGCGCCUUAUCCCGAGAUUAAGCCAGACCCGGCGUUCAGGGAUGAAGUUUUCACCGCAGAGCCACAGUACAUCAAGCGACCCGACAGUGGAACCACGAAGCUAGGAGAACCGAUUACCCACGGAGAAAACGAUGUCCAAGCUACGUCGGUUCCGAUGUCCAAUGGUAGCGCUAGUUCCAGUCCGGUACAGGCGGAAAUCAGCGUUAGCUACGUGCAGUUGGCCGCCCAACCUGAACGUCCUGCAACGACAGAUUCGCUAGAGGCGAUCGAAGAGACCGUUAAGCCAGUUAGUGUGGCUUCACUGAAGCAGGAAUGUACCGCUGCUAGCGCACCGGAGUCUACGACAAACGAACUACAGGAGCAGACUAACGAUGACUUUGUACAGCCCACAUACGAUCCCACUACCGAGAAGGUAGUGGAUGGAAUCGUUAUCAAAAAGGUUGUACGCUUUGAAGACGAAAGACAGGAAAGUGAAGUAGUUAAGCAGAUUGCUAGUCAAAUUGUGACAGAUGUUAUACAGGACGCGGAAACGGGAGCCGAGCAGGCAACUGAAGCGGUAGCGGCCGAAAUUGUGGAGGAAACUAUCAAACAAGCGGAGGCUUCUGUUACACUGUUACAAUCUGAGAAAUCGCACGAAGAGGAUUGUAACAGCAAAGCUGUUGAAAGAAACGAUGAAAUGGUCUCCGAAUGCACGCCAUCGGAGUUCACCGAAAAUAAGGAACAAGAUGUUCCCACAACAGAAGCUACCCAUGUAGAUCCUGAGGAAUCACUAGUCAAGGCACGGGCAGUGGAAAUGGAAGCAAUGGACCAAGCGAAGGAAAUUGAGCUCGGUGCUGAAUUGGAUGUCUCGGCACGAGAGGAAGUCGACCCUGAAGAAGCUGCAAUCAAGGCACUUGCAGCGGAGGUCGAGGCAGUUGGCAAGGCUGAGGACGUCAAAGGGGUUGCGGAGGAUCUCGUAGCGGAAGUACUGGAACAGGCGGAGGAAGUUGCAAACGAAGAGGUUCUUGAAGAGCCCGUCGCAACUGUAACCACGUAUGUGUCUACACAGAAACUGGAUGAUGGUCAAAUCGUGAAACGAUUUGCUCUCGAUGAACAAGUUGAAGCAGUUGAAACCCAAAGCUUGGAAGAACAGCUUAUUCGGGAAAAGGAACAAAUUGAAGAAGUUGAAGAAAUUGACAAAUCUGCUCAUCGUACUAAAAGAAGCACUGACCUCGAUAUGAAGCCUGUUAUACAAUUGGACGAUGAAAUCGUGAAGACGGAGAUCGUUACCGAGCUGAACAAUGUAGAGCCAAUUGUUGAAGAUGUUGUGAAGAAGGUAUCGUUUGAGGAUGUAAAGGAAAUUACAGUUGAGAAGUCCGAAAAGACAAUCGAACCAACGGUAGAAGCUACAAAAGAUAAGCCGCAACCAUUUACUGAAUCUUCCAAUGGAAUUACUGAGAAGCAGGAGACAGAAAUUGAGGAAGCGGAUAGCGAUCCCGACAUGGACGAUUCUUUUGAGCUCCCAAGUUAUGACCCGGCUACACAGAAGCUGGUUGAUGGUCAGGUUAUCAAUCGAUUCGAGUCUGUGGUGAGCUCGGAAGUGUCCACUUCCUCAUCAAAGCCGAUCGAGGAACAUGAAAAGAGCAAAGUUUGCGAAACUAUCGAAAAGAAGGAACUCUCUAGUGCUACCACUACCGAUCAACAAACUUCCGAUACCAAUGGGUCUGAAGAUGUUGUCCCAUAUGAAAUGAAAGAGCCCGUUUGCGAUGCAGCUCCAGCGGAAUCGACCCCGACGAAUGACCUAGUUGUUUCAUCAGCCAAUGAGACAGCAGUUGGAACGAAUUUUCCUGGACAACUUACCGUUACAGAAUGCAGUCUCAUCGCAGGGGACAAACCCGAAGAAAUCGUUCUCGCUGAACAAGUUGUUCCAGAGGUUGUGGCAACUACUUCAGAAACUGUGCCAAAAACGUCCCUAGAUGAACACGCAACCGUUCAGAGCACCUCUGAAUCAUCAGAAGUUUGUGCGGAAGAGGAAUGUUCACAAAAUAAUGAAGUAGAACUUGAGCUGACAGGAGAUAUUUCGAUGGUAGUUGAGCAAAUCGGCGAAUUGACAUCCGAAUAUGGGAUGAAAGAAAACGAAAACCUUCCAGAUUCGAAAAUUUGUGAAAAAGAAAAGGUAACUGAAAAGAAGGAAACCCCAAUAAGUGAGAUCGAGCCAGUUCAAAACAUCGAGGUUUCUGCUGAAAUCAUCCAGGAAUCACCAGAGGCUGCGAAUGAAUCAGACAUAGAUGUCUCUGUAUCUAUAGAACCAACUACAAAUGAAGCUUCGGAAAAACCGGAAGACAUCCAUCAGGAAUUAUCCGAGAUGGUGCAGAAGGCAGAAGUAUGUGUAGAUGUAGAGCCCAAGAAAACUGGGAAGGAAGAGGUGGUUGAUGCUGUUUCAAAAUCCACUGAAGCUCCUGUGAGCGAUGGUUUGACAGCAGACUCCGUUAGUUGCGAAACAGAUCAGAAAUCGAUCAAGUCCGAACAAUCGGAAAUUAAAUUUUUACAUGUUGAGGCUCGGGAACCUGAGAAGGAACUUGUAGAUUCGACCAUUGAGGAGAAACGCACUGUUGAGCAGUUGUCAAUUGCACCUACACUAGUAGAAUCUGAAGAAUCGAUUGGCACUCCAUUGUUAUUGGAAACAAAAGAGGAAACGGAAGUGGGCCAACCAUGUAUAGCCAUUGAUUCGGAGACUGAGGCAUUGGAAAACCAGGCAGAAGAUUCAUCCGAGGAAAAAUUGUUAGCUGCCGCUGUUGAAGAUAGUAAAGCUUCGAAGGAAUCAUCUAUAGAAGCAGUGGAUGUGGUAUCGGAAAAGGAGGAUAAACCUGCAGAGGAAACCAUUGUUGAAGAACCGGUGAUAGCUGUGGAACAAAACCUUGCUAGUCAAACCUGCCCUGGUGCUGAAUCGAGCCAUGAGACUACUGAGGAUGUUGUCGAAAUGUCUGGCGAAGAGAAUCUGUUAGCUGCCGCUGCAAAAAGUAGCAGAGCUUCUGAUGAGUCGAUCGUAGUCGAUCGCUCAUCUGCUUCGAAAGCUGUCGAAGAACCAGCAACCGUCGAAGACAAAAAGGAAGGGACCAUUGUUGAACAGCAGGUAAUAAUUGAAGAAACGGUUGAGCUUCCAGUGUCGGUUAAAUUGGAAGAACAAAACAUUGCUAGUGAAUCCUGUGUUGCCCCUGAAUCGAGCAAUGAGACUACCGAAGAGGCCUUGGAAGUAUCCAGUGAGGAGAAACUUCUAGUUAUAGCUGCAGAAAGCAGCAAAGUUUCUGAAGAACCUAUCGUAGAAGACUGUUCUCCGGCUUCAAAAACAGAAUACGAUACAUCGAAAGAACCAGCAACAGUUGAGGCGAUAAUGGAGGAGGAAUCCGUACAGAAGGCAAUCACUGAACAACCAAUAGAACUUGAAGAAACAGUUGAGACUCAACUGUCGAUUGAAUCGGAGGAAAAAACCUAUAAUGCUCCUAAAUCGAACGAAGAAUCUGCCCAUUUUGUUGUAGAGACAUCUUGCGAGGAGAAACUCCUAGCUGCUGCUGCAGAAGCUAGUAAAACUUCCGAUGAGUCUAUCGCAGAAGACAGUCCAUCUACUUCGGAAACUCCUGACAAAGCGCCAACAGAACCAGCAGCAGUGACAUCAGUAGAGGAAACCAUUGUUGAGCAACCGGUAAUACUUGAGGAAACGAUUGGAAUGCAGUUAUCGGUUAAACUGGAAGAAAAGGUUGUAGAAAUAUCAGAUGAGGAGAAACUGCUAGCUGCAGCUGCAGAGAGCAGCAAAGCUUCAGUGGAACCUGUCGAAGAAGACUGUUCGUCUACCUUGGAAACAGUCGAUGUGGUAUCGUCACAACCAGCAGCAGUUGAAGCAACAACGAAAAAGGAGUCUUUGGACGAAGCUGUUGUUAAACAACCGGUGGUUAUUGAAGAAACAAUGCCAGUCGAAACUCAGUCGACUACCGAAAAGGCUGAAGGUAUAUCUGGCGAGGAGGAACUUCUAGCUGCCGCUGCAGAAAGCAGCAAAGCUCCAGAAGAAUGCAGUGUAGAAGACUGUUCAUCUGCUCCGAAAGUACUCAACGGGGAAUCGACAGAACCAGCAACCGUAGAAACGACAACGAAGGAGGAAUCUCACCCGUUGUCAAAGCCGGAAGAACAAAGUACUGCUAGUCAUACCGUACAGCAUUCAGAAAAGUCUGUGGAAUCCAAAAUUCAGGAGAGUUCCGCGGAGGAAGUGAUUGUUGAACAACCCGCAUUUAAACACACAACCGUAGCUGAAACUGAGAAACUAAUUUACAUUCAACCAUCGGAAACAGAAACGAAAGAACAAUCAAUCGUUACUCAACCGAGAGUUACUUCCGAGCAGGAGAAGCUUGAAGAAGUUUCUUCCGAAGAGACACCUCUAGCCGAAAGCAGCAAGUCGUUGGGGGAAUCUAUCGUAGAGGACUGUUCAUCUGCUUCGAAAACCCUCAACGGGGAACCGACAGCAGCAACAGCAGCAGCAGUCACAACUGUGGAAUCUCCUGAACUUAUACAAGUAAAGAUUGUUCAUGUUCAUGAGGAGACGACCGUUGUCGAUGAACCGGAGCGUUCUGCCAUUGAGGAAUCAACUUGUGAGCCGAUUGAGGCACAUGUAACUGCAUUUAAUGUGAAAGAAACUAGGGAAGAGAAGAGCGAAACCCACGAUCACGGAAAGCCAAUCGAUGAAGCGAGCACUGUUUCAGAACCAAUGAUCACUACGGAAACAGUUAACGAUUGCUGCUCCAACGAACCAGUGAUUCUGAAUGGAGAUGAGACUAACGUCGAAAUGGUGACAAUUAGCGACGUCAGCGAUGAAUCCCGUGUGGAGUCCACUAGCAAAGUGUUUGCCGGACGAUUUUCCGGCCAUGGGCCAACUAUCGAGGAAAUCAACGAUGAUAAUGUGAAGGCCGCCGAUGAUGGGAAAACGAGCGAAGAGUUUGUCAUUAAAGUUAGUCUCGAAAAGGCCGACACUUCGGACAUGAUUUCGGAAGUUACUGAUGAGGUGAUAGAGGGUGCCGAAAUUGAGGAACCAUCUGUCAAGAUGGAAGCUUCAGUAAGUACCCUUGAAACCCUCGACGAGCUGGUGGAAGAGGAUGUCCCGGUCCAGAAGCAAGAGAAAAUCGUUAAUUCUUCUGAGCUGAUUGAUGGUGUGAAGGAUGAACAAGAACAGUCUGCCGAGAAUAAAACGGAUGUAGAUCUACCAGCUGAAGCUGAUACCGUCGCUGUCGAAUGUCACACUCAAGAGGUUAUUCCCUCUCAUCAAGAAUCCGAAUUGCUUGAACAAUCCAGAGAAGAACAAAUUGUAGAGACAGUCAAUGUGAAAGUUCAUGAAACCGCUACAGAUGAGCCAAAGCUGAAGGACAGCUUCAGUUCUGAUGAACCGUCCGUCAGUGUUGUUGAUGCAAAUAAGGAAAAGCAACCAACUUCAGCCGCAAGCAGUGCUACUGAACUAGAAGCUAGCGAACAGGUAGGAACUGGAAAGGAACAUUUAUCCGCUGAAAAGCCAGAGCAUGUCGCAAACGCAACAUUAGUCGAGCGCAUAAUGACCGAGGCUACGGCUGUGGCAAACGAAAUUGAAUCAAUUUGCGAAUAUAUAAUUGCCGAAAAGAUCACUCAGACCACUGUGCCAGAAGCUAGUAGCCGAGAGUCCCCCGCAGCAGUAGAAGCCCAGGAUCAGUCCACAUCGGCGAUAGUAAGUGAGCCCCAAACAUUAUCCGCUUCCGCUGCCAAUGUAGUUGAAUGCGUUGUUACCGAAGAGAAGAUUUCUGCGACGAACAGCACCACGUCAACGGUCCCUGCCAGAAGUUUCCACUCGGCUGAAGCUAACAGUAGCCCUAACCAAUUGAGCACGAGUUCUGAUACUAAUCAACCCGCUACCCUCACGAUCCAAUCACAAGCACCACCGUCGUCAUCUCCAUCUCCCGCCAUUGAACUAAACUCAUCACAAGUAGUGCAGGGAGAUGAUAUGCUCAAUAGGGUUGCACACACUAGCAGUCUCAAUUUUAUCGCAGCCGAGAAGACCCACGCCACCAUUGCACACACCAUUGUUGAUUCGGAAAGCAUCAGGAGUUAUUGCACUGAUAAUUCACCGGCCAGCAGCAGCACCUCUGCCACCAUCUCAAUUUCGGAACAUCACGCUAGCAACAGCAGUAGCAGCAGCAGCAGCGAAGCAGCCGCCAUUGGCCAAGUACCGACAAAUGAAACAGUAGAAACCAACAAUGUAGCUGCAGCUGAGAAGAACGUUGACCAAAAUGGUCACGCUGUUGAGCCCGUCGACGGUGAAAGUGUGAUUCCUGCGAAACAACAACACCAUGAUGAAAUUAUCGAUAGCAAAGAACAGGCAGAGAAACCCAGCGACACCGAGGUUGUACCAGAUAGGCUUGACACUAGCGAAGAUCGUGGUAACCUGAAGGUUAUACCAAUGGAGAAGAAAGCAGCUUACGAAGCAGGCAGGCCGAUCAGUCGCGCAGUCACUCCAGUGCGGUCUGUAACUCUCGAUUCGGCCACCGCCGAAUCCGAUGGAGCGGAAUCGAAAUGUGUUCUGCUCGACACAAAUGUGCAGCAAACGUCCAAGGUCGUGGUCGCCGAUUCCGAUCUUGCCGUCGAAACGCUUGACGCCAGCCAGAAAACCAACGAGGAAACACCUUUCGAUUUGAAUCUUAUAGUAGUGUUUGAAUCGUUAUCGAACCUGAAUCAAGGUCGAAGUUUGGAGCUCAACGUGUUGUUAGGAUCCGAACCAACAACAGUUGUACAUCCCUCAGCCACAACCCGAGUGGUAUCACCAACGAGGGAGGUGGUACUUAGCGGAAAGAUGAAACUUUCAUUAGUCAAACUGGAUGAAAGUAAACAAGAAGUCACUGAUGAUGCCGUGUCGAGGGUGAAAGAUUACACUAGCAGCAGCAGCAGCAGCAAGAAGGAAGACGUGACCGAUGGAUCGCUCGGUUCAAAUGAGGAGUGAACUCUUUUCAGAUGACUGCCCGCCACCCGGGGGCAGCAAAUUUUAGAGAUUGAUUCUGCAAACACGACGAUGGUUGCACGAGCUCAUAUUUUUAAAAGAACAGAAUUUGAGAUACAAGCUAGAAUGGGUUAAACUACAGAUCUAUAGUAAUCCUGUUUCUACGGACUGAUGUGAGCAGGCACAUUAAAAAAAUGAAUACGCGCGACAACUGAACACUAGUGGCCAAAUUGUUACAACCUUUUUUGCUCUCAUGAUGUUCAUACGAUACUGACGACACACAAAAUCGGCUCAUAUUAAGGACGCCUCUGGUCCGACCAAAAUAUUGCUCAGAUUAUACAUUUAGGUAGAAGAAAAAGAUGUUAAAUUGUGAAAUUAUUUAUUAUAGCUACAUUCGAGAAAACUGUAAAACUUUAUUGCUUUCAUAUAUGGCAAUUUACGAGAUUGUUUAUAAUCUUUUUUAUAUUUUUACCAGCUUUUACGGUUUCAUUUAUCAUCAUGUUAUCUUGCUUCAGUUGAUCACUGAUUUGGUAUUGUUGAGAGGUGGACAAAAAAUGUGUGCGCAGACCUACGGGACAAACGGUGGAACAUGUAUUGGCUUUGUUUUUUUAUAGAUAAGUUUAUAGUCCAGGCCCCGUUCAAACGGUCCCAUAUACAUUGUUACCAAUAUAUAGCAGAUAUUCUGCCCAAAUGUGAAAGUAGUUUGUGUGCAUCCAUUGAAUCAAUAUCGUAGAGCAAAUAUAAUACAGUUAUGAUAUGCAGCAAACCUAUUGAACUUGACGUAAUAAAAAUGGAUCAUGUUAAAGUUUGGA